UUGUAGUAUCAAUAUAGAAGAUCAAUAUAUAUAUAUAUAUAGAAGAAGCUAAAUAUGGCUUUACAUGUGGAAAUAGAUGACUUGUUUGCAUACGCCAUGAAAGGCCAGUGGGAUGAGGUCGUGAAGAUCUACAAGAGAAGCCCCGUGGUUCGGAAGGCGAAGAUCACCAAAUCGGAGGACACCACGCUACACACGGCGGUUUCCGUUGGACAAACGGAUACGGCAUUGGAAUUGGUUGAGAUAUGCGAGGAGGAUAUAUUGGAGCUUGAAAAUGCGAAAGGAAACACGGCUCUCCACAUAGCGGCUGCACUGGGGAACCUGAGAGUCUGCAAGAGCAUGAUUUCGAAGAAUCAAAACCUAAUCGCCCUGCGAAACCUCAACGGUGAGACUCCCCUAUUCUUGGCUGCUCUCCAUGGAAAGAUAGAGGCUUUCCUUUAUCUACAUACUCUAAGCAACGAGGAUUACCUUGUGAGAAGAAAUGAUGGGGACACAAUUCUCCAUGCUGCCAUUUCUGGCGAAUAUUUCAGGUUGGCAAUGAGCAUAAUGCGUGAGCACCCAAACCUUGCUGACUCUAUAAACGAAAACGGUUUGUCUCCGCUUCACAUUUUAGCAAGCAUGCCUAAUGCAUUUAAAAGCAGCAGUCGCUUUGGGCUCUUUGAUCGUAUCAUAUACCACAGUAUAGUUGUGGAUGAGCUUAAGGAGGAAACACAUGACAUUGACACAUAUAUUAAAAAAGGAAACAGAAAGGAGGAGGAGAUUCUCACAUACCCACAGAACUAUAAGACAUGCAUUAACUUCUUUGGAAUGCUGUUUUCUGUUUUUCAAGUCACAUUUAGUAAAUUUGGUGUUAAGGGAAAAAAGAAAGAUGGAAGGACAGAUGAAGAGAAUCCCCAACGAAAGAGCAGCCCAGAACACGGUACCAACCAAUUUGAGGGUCAGCAGAGUAAUGAUGAUCGUUUUUUCCCUCCAAAUUAUGAGGCAUUUAUCCUAUUUUUCAACGUUAUAAUGAAGGUGUUGCUAAUUAUCCUUGGAAUCGGUAUUUGGAGGAUAAAUAAAAUCGAAAGAAAGAAAAAGCUUCACAUGUGGGCAGAACGUGUGAUGGAUGAAUUAGUAAAACAUACUACUUCCUAUAAGUUCUAUGACAACACCGGAUGGGAUCCCAACCAAACCCGAGGAGGUGGUCCUAUUAGUCCUAUAAGUGAAGAGUUUGCCCUUCCUAAUGAUCCAGCCUCUUUAAGUACUACAUCUUCAAGCUUCAAAAAUGAAUUGAAAGGGAAAGAUCACAACGAGACAGGGAAACGACAUACACCAAUACUAAUGGCCGCAAAGAUGGGAGUGACUGAAAUGGUGGAGAAGAUCCUAAAAGAAUUCCCAGUUGCUAUCCAAGAUUUGGAUUCUGAAAACAAGAAUGUUGUGCUCUUAGCAGUGGAAAAUAGACAACCCCAGGUUUAUAAUCUCCUUCUUCACAGCGAGAUUCUGAAGGAGAGUAUUUUCCGCCAACUCGACAAGGACGGUAACAGCGCCUUGCACCUCGCCGCUCAGUGCAAAGAGCAACGCCCUUGGCUUAUUCCUGGGGUUGCUUUGCAAAUGCAAUGGGAAAUCAAGUGGUACAAGUUUGUGAAGAAGUCAAUGCCACCGCAGUUCUUCCCUCGCUACAACGCGAAGCAUGAGACCCCUAAAGAAAUCUUCAUCGGCACGCACAAAGAACUCACCAAAGAAGGCGGAAAAUGGCUCGUCAAGACCUCCGAGUCCUGCUCCGUUGUGGCGGCACUUGUGGCCACAGUUGCAUUCGCCACAUCCGCAACCAUACCCGGUGGAGUCAAUGAAAAUACCGGCAAGCCCCUCCUGUUAGACAAGGCCGUGUUUGGCGCCUUCUCGAUCUCGUCGCUGGUCGCUCUCUGCUUCUCCGUCACCGCCCUCGUCUUCUUCCUCUCGAUCCUCACAUCUCGUUGCCAAGAAAAAGACUUCGCCAUGGACUUGCCUCGGAAACUUCUUCUUGGUUUGACGUCGCUCUUCGCUUCUAUACCUUCCAUCGUAGUCUCUUUCUGCGACGGACAUAUCUUUAUUCUCAGUCAUAAGCUUAAGUACGCCGCUUAUCCUUUAUAUGCAGCUUUGUGCUUUCCCAUUACCUAUUUUUUGAUCGCACAGUUGUCCCUCUAUUUCGAUCUCGUCUGGGCUAUCUUCAAAAAGAUUCCACAGCGUUCCAACCAGACAUAAUUUCUGCACGAGAUAUUUGGCUCAUUUGAUGCACAGCUUCAAGAAAUAAGUUUAAGCAGAAAUUCUAAUUUUUGCGAGUAGAAACCACUGUAAUAAAAGGUUUGAAUUAAAGGCCGCCAAACCU